GGUGGAGGAGGAGGAGGAAGCGGGGGAUGCUAUAAAAGUAACUCGCCGUGGCACAUGCACACUUGGGCGAAACUUCCCCGUCCGGGCAAAGAGGCGAUGGCAGGAGCUCGGGAGAGGAGAGGAUCGACGGCAGCAGCGACUGGCUGGCCGCUUGGCUUCGCGGCGGAGCCCGAGGGGGGGAAGGAGGCGCUUUAGCAUCCUGCUGCCUCCCCUGUGCCCCCCCUCCAGGCAGCCCCUCUCUCAUGCCGGCUACGGCACAGCCAAGGUGACGCUCCCUGCCAGCUGGCGGCGGGCGCCCCGUCCUGCCCCGCAUCACACCUUCCCUCCCCAAACUUCGCAGCCCCCGGGACGUGCGCGGCUCCCUCCGGGCAGCAUGCGAGGCAAUGGGAGCGCGCUGAACGGCUCUUCCCCGCCGCGGGACGGGCUCACCUUGGACAGGCCCCCCUGGGUGGCUUCCACCUUGGCCGCCAUCCUCAUCUUCACCAUCGUGGUAGAUAUCCUGGGCAACUUGCUGGUGAUCCUGUCCGUGUACAGGAACAAGAAGCUGAGGAACGCGGGCAAUGUCUUCGUUGUCAGCCUAGCCAUCGCUGACCUGGUUGUGGCAAUCUACCCAUACCCUCUGGUCCUGACAUCUAUCUUUCACAAUGGAUGGAACCUGGGAUAUAUCCACUGCCAGAUCAGUGGGUUUCUUAUGGGCCUGAGUGUUAUUGGAUCCAUAUUCAACAUUACUGGAAUUGCAAUUAACCGAUAUUGCUACAUCUGCCACAGCCUCAAGUAUGACAAGCUGUACAGCGACAAGAACUCUUUGUGCUACGUCAUCCUUAUUUGGGUCCUGACAUUUGUUGCCAUUGUGCCCAAUCUUUUUGUUGGGUCGCUUCAGUAUGAUGCCAGGAUCUUCUCAUGCACCUUCUCCCAGUCGGUGAGCUCAGCGUACACAAUAGCUGUUGUGUUUUUCCAUUUCAUGCUCCCAAUAGCCAUAGUUACAUUUUGCUACUUGAGGAUAUGGAUCCUGGUCAUUCAGGUACGGAGGAGAGUUAAACCCGACAACAAACCCAAACUAAAGCCACAUGACUUUAGGAACUUUGUCACCAUGUUUGUGGUGUUUGUACUCUUUGCCGUCUGCUGGGCUCCUUUGAAUUUUAUAGGCCUUGCAGUGGCUGUCAACCCAGAAACAAUAAUUCCCCGAAUUCCAGAGUGGUUGUUUGUUUCCAGUUACUACAUGGCAUACUUCAACAGCUGCCUUAAUGCUAUCAUCUAUGGACUUUUGAACCAGAAUUUUAGACGAGAAUACAAACGAAUUAUUGUGGCAAUUUGUACAGCAAGAGUUUUCUUCCAGGACAGCUCAAAUGAUGCAGUCGACAGGAUGAAAAGCAAGCCCUCGCCACUGAUCACAAACAACAAUUUAGUCAAGGUUGACUCGGUGUGAAAAGAGAAACCUUGUUAACUGACAAUUUAUAGACACUCUGAUGUACUCAAAUGUCAAAUCUGUUAGCCUCAUGGUUCAAGCUCUGCAAUGAGACACUGGUCCUCUAAUGUACAAUUGCACUCAGAUGAGAUUAUAUGUAUAGUAUUUUUGAGCCAAAGUAACAGUUUUUAAGGUAAAGUUCCUCCUAUUGCACUACAUGCUAUGUUUCAAUACAGUGGACAUGAUCCAGCCAAAGUUAAGCACCUCAGACCCAUCAAUGCCAGAGGGAUAGUUAAGCAUGCAAUUAAUAUCUGAAAUUAUUCUUUUCCUUCAGUUGAGUAAUUCCUAGUGAUUCGCUGAUACACAACUGUAGGCUAUUAUGGAAUUAAAGAGCAAAUCAUUGUAAAUCUUUUGUUUAAUUUAAGUAAGCACUAGAGAUGGAUUGGAACUAACAAAGACAUGUUACUUGGAUUUUUUAACAAACAAACAAACAAACAAACAAACAAACCAAGCACCACCCCAAUCUUGGUAAACUAUAAUCUAAUGCUGCAAAGCAUAAGCAUAAGUACAUGUAACUAGAAAUAAUAAUUUUUAAAAAGAUACAAGGAACUGCUGGUAAAUUAUCAGAGUAUAUACAUCGCUAAACUACAGGAUGACAAGUUGUUGGAAAGAGUUCUGUAUGACAGGGAAACUUAAUUUUAUGGAGGAACAAAGCCUCCGGAAUCACUCAGGUGUGUGUAUGUGCGUAUAUUCUGGACAAUGAGCACCAAGGAUGAAAGGCCUUUCAGCCCCCACCCCUGCAGCUGAUAAGGAAUGAUGGUGAGGCAGGCGGGUCACUGAGUCUCACUUCAAAGAAGAAACUGAGAAGCAUCUUCUCGGUCUUAAUAUGGCUGUUGCCUGUUCAAAUGAUCUUUUGAAGUAUUGAGAUUAGAGAGAUGCAUACUAAAUUGUAUUCCUGUGCUUUAAAACCUAGAGGACAAUCAAAAGACUAAAUGAGCAUACAUGGAUGAAAAACUAUUUUCAAUUUAGCAUCUUGCAAUAUUUCCAUACCUAAAAAUACUCCUAACAGAAGGGGUAGAAUAUGAAAGAGAGUGCUGUUGCCCUUGCAUCCUGGUUGCAGGUGUCACAGAGGAAUCUGGUUGGCCACUGUGAAUACAGGAUGCUGGGCUAAAUGGGUCUUUGGUUCAGAUCCAGCAGAGCUUUUCUUGUGUUCUUAGGACUUGCCUCUUCCUAUCAUCAAUGAACCUCUCUUUAAUCAAAGUGCCAGAAACUGGCAAUAAUCUGUUAGCGUACCUCAAUGUUCCAUAUAGCACCUGUCAUUAUCAGCCUGGAGGGAAACAGACAUUUCUGGGAAAGCAUAAACCUGUGAUCAUCAUCAUCAUCAUCAUCAUCAUCAUCAUUUGUAAUUUGCAUGGCAAAAUAACCAAACAAAAAUGACCCCUAAGAAACUAGUGGGAGCUUUUCUUGCAGUGCAAACUGCAGGCAGAAGGACCUUGAUCCAGUUACAGACAGCAGUGGGCGAGAAAGGGUUAAAUCCCAUGCUAUGGUCUGGAUUGGGGCCUCCAUGCUGACAAGAGGUGUAUUUGUUUGGGGGGAGCUGCAUUCAGGGCAGAACUGUGCAGUUCAGGUUACAUGCAGUUUGUCCCUUCGUCACCCACUAACCUGUAUCUUCAAGCAUGGUCCAUGAUGCUGCAUAGAAGCUCAAACCAUCUCUUAAGUCGAGAGGGGUGGGGGAAUAGUUUGAUUUUUUUUAAUUGUAAGUUAUAAUUGUAAAGUAUAGCUAAACAGAUUUAUCAAAUCACUUCUAUAUACUAUAUUCUCAAAUAUUUUGUUUCCAUCACUAGAUGCAAUGCCUUUUCAAGCACUAAAUAUUCAUCGUACUCUAUAGAGCUCUGUAAGAUCUAGGCAUACGAUAAAAAAAAAAAUCUAUUUCCUGAGGCAUAAUAUUACUGUGCAAUUUAAUGUAGCUCAUGCGGCAAAUGAAUAUACGUUCGUACAUACUUGAAACUGCCACGUGCAACAAAAUAGGUGUUUUUAUCUUAAAAACAAGAGCCUUGUGUGUUGUUCUUAGCUCACUUUAAGUCUGCAACAGAAUUAACAACAACUUUUCUAGGUAACAACAAGCUGGUCAAUGCAUUUCUCAAGGCACUUGACUCACCAUUGUUUACACUCAAACCAUUCUUGCCAAUCAAACCACUGUGUAAAUAGUCAGUGCUCUCCUAUUGUGACAUCAUGUGGUAUGAUUGACCGAGUAAAUUCUAGAUCACAGCUUCCUCCAGUGUGAUUCCAUCCUUAGAGGCUGCUUUGUUGUGUAUUGACAUUGCUUUGUAUGUAGUGAUAUCAGAACAAUAAGGUGGCCAGACCAUCUGAUUUUAAUCAUAUAAGAGAAAUACACUAUUUAAAUUCUUUCAAAACUCUUGCCUUACUUAAACAAUAUUAUGAUUAAUAAUAUAGUAAUGUUUUAUGAUGCAUCUGACAAAGUAGCAUAAAUGUAGUUUCAGUAGCCUGGUUAGUAUUUAGAAUCUUUUCUGAAGAGCUGGUUUCUUUUUCAUUUCCCCUGUACAAACUGGUAGAUCAAAUUGAAAAUGGAAAUGUACAUGCCCUAAAAUAAUUGCUAGGAGUAAUCAGUGUAGGUCAUUGAAGGAAUUAACAGUUUUGUUUUGUCCCUUCAUAUUUUGUUGGAGUGGUUGAGGUAAUCCAGUUAGAUGGGCGAGGUAUAAGAAACAAAUUAUUAUUAAUGUCUACGCAGAAGUAAGUCCCACUGAGUUCAAUGGAACUUGCUCCCAGAUAAAGAAGUAUAGGAUGGCAGCCUAAAAUAUGUAUUUAUUAUAAUUCUGAAAAUAUUGUUUGCUAUGCCAAAGGACUAUAUUUUGGGGGAAAGGUCAGUUAUUAAAAUGGUUAUCAUUUUCAGAUCUGGUAUUUUAAAAUAUUUGUAUUAAAUAUGAAUUCACAGAAAAUAUGCAUGUUGGUGAUGUUAACAACCUGCUAAAUAUAGCAAUAAUUUUAAAGGCGUAUUCUGUUUUCUUUGCUUGGUUGUGUGUUAAAAAAUGCCUCCAAAUUAAUGCAUAUGACUUGCUGAAUGGAAUCUUUAAAAAUGUUUUUUCCUGACUUAUUUUAAACUACUUUCCCAUUUGAAGGUUUAUUUUUUCAUUAAAAAAAAGCAAUACAUUAACAAACACUUCAUUAACCAUUCAUUUCACCACAAUUUUUCUCAUACUUAUUAUUUUUACUGAGUGACCAGAGAUGAAACUUAUUGAAAGUAUUGUACACAAUAUAUUACAAAUUAUGUGUUGGCUUUCUGAACAUGUUUUAAACUUG